AUUUACAGAUUGUUAAUAUCGGUUUACGUGUUCUACAUCGCCCAGACGCUAUGGCAUUGCCUGAAAUGUACCGUCUUGUUGGCUCAGAUUAUGACGAUAGGGUUUUGCCAUCUAUUAUUAAUGAAGUUCUCAAAAGUGUCACUGCAAAAUUCAAUGCUUCACAGUUAAUCACGCAGCGUUCUGCUGUGAGUUUGAUGAUGAGGCAGCAACUGGUUGAACGAGCCAAAGAUUUUUUUAUUGUAUUAGAUGAUGUUGCCAUAACAGAACUCAGCUUUGGUAAGGAAUAUGCGGCAGCUGUUGAAGCUAAACAAGUAGCUCAGCAGGAAGUACAGAGGGCGCACUUUAUCGUAGAACAAGCCAAACAAGAAAGAAAUAGGAAAGUUGUACAAGCAGAGGGAGAAGCAGAAGCUGCCAGACUUAUUGGGCAGUCAUUGGGUCUGAAUCCAGGUUAUCUUAAACUACGAAAAAUAAGAGCUUCCCAGAAUAUUGCCAGGACAAUAUCUGGAUCUCAAAACAGGGUAUACUUGAAUGCAGUCAAUCUCAUGUUAAAUGUCAAUGAAAACACGUACGAUGAAUCCGCUGAUAAACUUUACCAAUCAACAAAAAAAAGAAAAUAAAUGAUAAUAAACUGAGCCUGAUGUGAAAGUCAGCCAUUGUUUAAUGUGACAGUCAUAUUAAUAUUCUAGAUGUGAAAUCAUGGUGGUGAAGCAUAAUAUGUUGUAUAGAUUUAAUUGCAUGUGACAAUCACAUGCUCAUCACAAGAACGGUGCAUGGUUAACAAGUACCCACCUGACUUCACCACAGAACAUUAGUAAUUCUGUCAGAUAUAUGAAUGCUUUUUUAAGAUAUCCCAGAUCAUAGUUUGCAUUAAUAAACUUGAUUUUAACUCUUUGAAAGUCAACUCCUUCCCUGAAAAAAUGUUGGCGGAAAAAAUGUUGGUAUUUAAAGAGUUAAUUGUAGGUCAAAGAAUUUCGUUAUCAGUGAAACACUUAGUUGAAUUACGGUGGAUGACAGUAGUUGAACAAAAUUAAGUUUUAAUAAAUAUGUAUAUGAGCUGUAGUUUGAGGUGAUUAAUUAAUAACACAUUUAUGUACAGAAAACAUCUGUUGCAAAGAAACUUCUAUCUCAUAUAAAUGUAUAAAAACGAGAUUUAUAUGAAAAAUUCAUAAUCAACAUUUGUUUGAUAAAUGCUGAAAACUUGUAUUCUUGUUUUAUGUGUGGUGCAUGUUCUGUAAUUGGAUUUGUGUAAUAAACAUUUUCAAUCGCCUUUAAAUGCUGUGUCUGGUAAUAUAUCAUAGGUACAAACUCAGAACCCAGAGAACAUCUCAAAAAAUUAUUGGGUAGGUUCAAAAUUGCAGUCAUUGAUUUCUACAACACUUUAUGGAGACACAGAAAUGAUAAAAACUAAUUUAUAAAUUCUCGUACAAUAUUUACGUAUUCAAAUUUGAAACUUUAGGUACCCGGUAAUUCGCUCAUGCACAUAUUUCGGCACCAAGGAAAGUUUGCAAUUCCUGCCAGUCUCAGGCUGGCUUCUGUUUUGUUCGAAGUCUUCAGUUCUGCUUCCAGAUUGUCACCAGGUGUUCUUGGGAGUAGAGGUUAUUGCAAUUGCAUAGCACAUUUCUGAAAUAACAUAUUCUUUGAAUCCCAUCAAGUUGUAUAUUUUUAGAAGCUUAUUUUUCAAAUAAUAUGAAAUAAAUAUUCCAACAAAAAAUGGAACCAUGUGAUCACUAUGCAAAUAUAGAGGUGUUAUUUUCGAAGAAACCAAAAUAAGACUGCAGAAUUAUGUACUUAUAGUUACUAUGAAAGGUUUGAAUUGUGUGAUCUGGAUUUUGGCCUCAUAAUACUUAUUAAAAAUAUCGUCAAUGUUUUGA